AUGGCCCCCAUUCAACAAAAAGCGCUCAUCAAUUGCGAUAUGGGGGAAGCUUAUGGUAAUUGGACUUGCGGGCCUGACCUCGAACUCCUUCCUAUGAUCGAUAUCGCCAACAUUGCCUGCGGAUUCCAUGGUGGUGACCCCCUGAUCAUGAUGGAAACCGUCCGAAAUUGCAAAGCUCAUAACGUUCGAAUUGGUGCUCACCCUGGUCUUCCAGACUUGCAAGGAUUUGGUCGUCGGGAGAUGAAACUCUCCCCGGAGGAGCUCACAGCGAUCACAAUUUACCAGGUGGGGGCACUCAAAGGCUUCCUCGAUCGUGAAAAUGUUCCUCUUCAUCAUGUCAAGCCCCAUGGGGUAUUGUAUGGUAUGAUGUGCCGAGACUAUGAAGUUGCCAAAGCCGUCAUGGUAGGAAUACCGAAGGGGGUGCCUGUUUUCGGACUUGCGGGGACUCAGAUGGAGAGAGCAGCGAACGACCUGGGGGUCGAGUUCUGGGCUGAGUUAUAUGGGGAUGUUAAAUAUGAUUCUCAAGGCAUGCUUGUUAUUGAUCGAAAGAAGAAGCCCUGGGAUCUUGCAGAUGUUGAGAGACAUGUAAGACAGCAGGUCGAAGAGCAGUCAGUCACGGCUAUCGAUGGGUCAGUUGUGCAGCUUCCUUUGAAGACAUACCCCGUCUCGAUAUGUUGUCACUCGGAUUCUCCUGGAUGUGUCGAUAUUAUCAAGACAACAAGGAGGGUUGCGGACGAAUUCAACGUCAAACAGGGAAAAUAG